UUAUAUUCCAUCCUGAAAUGUUCCUUGAUAAAUAUUUUUAUUUAAAACUAUAUAUAGGUGUAGAUGCCUUUUCAUGGUGCUCCACUUACUUAUCUUUUACCUUAAGCCUGACUUAGUCUCCAUCUUCUUCUCCUACUUCUUCCCUUGGCCUUCACCAUCUUCGCUCUUUUGAAACUCUUUUUUUUUUAUAAUUUCGUGAGAAAUUAUGUUUUUUCAUUGAGAUUCCUUCUGUACAUAAUAUGUUUUGUGAUUCAUCAAGAGAGGCUUCUCCAAAAGAUGAAAGAAGCAUAGAAUCAAGGGAGAGGCUGUUUCUCUAUUCUGCUAUUAUUGUGUUUAUCAUUUUUUUUACAACGAGUCUAUAAGAUUACAGCACUUCGAAGUAGGAGAGAGGAGAUUGUUGUUCGGCUACUUCAAUCUUGGCAAUAGAAAGGACACAUAGUUUCCGGGUAAUCAAGUUUUACGAAAGGAUAAUCCAAGAAAACUUCUGCAUAUAGUUCGGCGGUUUUGUGAUCUUCACCUGUUCACCAUGUCAGUGAAAAUGAAGGGCAUCUAUAAAGGCUUCAAAUGUAUCUCUCAAAUAUUUGCCGUUGAGAAAGAAAGAGAUGAAAUAGAAAUUGGGUUUCCAACAGAUGUAAAACAUGUGGCUCAUAUUGGCUGGGAGGGUUCUUCUGGUAGUGCUCCUGGUUGGAUGAGUGAGUUUAAGGUCGGAGCUGAGGUUUUAUCUCCAAGAGCAUCAUCUUUUAGUAAUGCAAGACCUUCUACUUCUUUUUUCACUUCUUCUUCCACUGAUUUUGAUCAAGGAUCGAGUCAACGAACAAUAUCUGAUACACUAAGAGAUAUACCUCCAGUUACUCCAAUAAAUUUACCGAAAAAUAACAAGAAAAGUAGUAGAAGAAAAAAGUCGGCUUCAUCAGCAUCAUCUCCAAAAUCUUCAAGAUCAUCUAUAUUAUCCAAAUCUUCGUAUAAAUCAACUGUAUCACGACUAAUCUAGAAAAUAUGAUAACAGAUGGAAGAUUAAAAAAAAAAAAACAGAAGUUUGGUCAUCUUUGUGCAUACUUAAAGGGAUUUUGUUUGCAUUUUCUGCUGAUUAUUUUUGUCUUUUUCUUUUUACAUAUGUAGACAUGUUGUAUUGUUUGGAGUUUGGUUUCUUUAAUGUAAACUUAGACAGAACUAGGGAAAGAAAAUUGUAUGAAAUGAUGGUGAA